AUGCAAAGGUAUCCUUCUGCCAGCAGAGAAGCUCCUUUGGCUGUUAUGGAAUUAUUUAUUGCUUCCUCUGUGCUUGCCAAGUGGAAGCUCUCACUAUGCCUUCCAAAAGCAGAGCAGAACACAUGCUACUACUGAUUGGGGUUCCCACCGUCAGUAGCCAAUCGUAAGGCCACAAAAUAAGGCAUUAGGGGCAGAGCAGGGCUGGAUCCAAGACUGGGUUGUUUCUCAGAGAAGGACCUGAUAGGACAGGAAAAAAAUGAUGCAAAACAAUAACCCCACAAUUUUCCACUGUGGCAAGUGGCACAACUGCAGAUGAGGGCAAAAAACUCUAGGUGUGGUUUUUGUUUUGUGAUAUUGUAUAGUCCAGUUAAGGCUUGUGUUUUAAAGAGAGUUGUAGUUAGGAAUCUGGGCACACUGUAAACUAUCAGUGAGCCCAUUAAUCCACAUUUUUUUUUUGGUGGAGAGAGAGGUACUGCUUUCAGACUGUACACUUUAUGCAAGAGCAAAGCAGGCUGUCAGUUGCUAUAGUUGCCAGGCAAGACUUAAACAUACCCACAUCUUCUCCAGUCAAGGAAGAGCUUCAUAACAGUGCUAAUUGAAGAGAUUCCAACUGAGAUAUAGUCAAUUCAUGCUGAGGAAAGGCUACAGUUUGUAUGCCUGUCUUUUGUGCAACUCUGCCUAGCCACCUGUUUUCUCUUGCAGUGGGAGAAACAGGAACUGGAGGCAGAAGAAAGCAUCCUGCUGGGUCAGCCGCAGAAAUGGGAGCUUAGCCGCCCUCUCCCAACUGACUCGUCUGUCCAUUUUUUAUCUUAAAGAGUAAAGCAGGAAGAUCAGUAUGGGAGCAGGCAGGCAGUCCUUCCAUUGGGCUUUGGUGCAAAUUAUUUAGGGCUUUAAAUGUUAAAACCAACACUUUUCGGUUCAGUCUGGAAAUGCACUGGCGACCAGUAACAAUAGUGUUUAUGUGAUCUGAUCUCCUGGCAGCCACCAUCCAGCAGAGUCUACAGCACCUCCAUCUUACCUGGAUUUAAUGUCAGUUUGUUUGCCCACGGGACAUGGGUGGCGCUGUGGGUUAUACCACAGAGCCUAGGACUUGCCGAUCAGAAGGGCGACAGUUUGAAUCCCCGUGAUGGGGUGAGCUCCCAUUGCUCGGUCCCUGCUCCUGCCAACCUAGCAGGAGCACGUCAAAGUGCAAGUAGAUAAAUAGGUACCGCUCUGGCGGGAAGGUAAACGGCGUUUCCGUGCGCUGCUCUGGUUCGCCAGAAGCGGCUUAGUCAUGCUGGUCACAUGACCCGGAAGCUGUACGCCGGCUCCCUUGGCCAAUAAAGCGAGAUGAGCGCUGCAACCCCAGAGUCAGCCACGACUGGACCUAAUGGUCAGGGGUCCCUUUACCUUUACCUUGUUUGCGCACAUCCAUCCUAAAAACUGCUACUAAGUCCUUGGGAUUUUUAGAUGGAACAGACACUGCAGCCCAAACAUCCCAUGUGUUUCAGGCACGUGUUAAAAAGCAUGGCACCCCAUGCGGUUUCUGAGCUACUUUUAUGGCAAAUCGGCGCAAACAGCACUGCCGACAACGGCUACCAUACUUUCCCGGACGUUUACCCCAUUUCCCACCCAGGUUAUAACUCCCACACACACACACCCCGCGCGCGUCCGGGAAAUUCCGGGCGCGUGGCAACCCCGGCGCGGGGUGCUCUGAGGCGCAUCUCCCACAUGCGCGCACGUCUCCCUGAAGGGGGAACGAGGCGGGCCGAACAGCGUCUCUCUCGCGCGCGUGUGCGCGAUGACGGCUCGAAGGCUCCUUUUGUCUCAGCCUCGCCCCCCCCCCGCCCCGCCGCGAGCCGCCACCUCCCAUUGUUCCACACCCCCACCCUCCCCUCCUCCGUCUCCCCCUCCCUCCAUCUCCGUCUCUCCCCCCUUCCCCUUCUGCGCUGCCCUCCUCGCGCAGCAGUCAGCGGUUCCGCCAGCCGCGCUGCCAUUGGCGGACGCUCCCCGUGACGCGACAAAAGAGCGGGGGGCGGAGCCUCGAGCCGGAGAAGCGCCGGUUGAAGCCGGUGCGCGAGCCGCCUCUCUCUCUCUCCUCUUCGCUUUAAAAAACACCAACCUCUUCUUUCUCUUCCCUCCCCGAGGAGCUGCUUUCUCUUUCUUCGGAGGUGCUGUGGAGGAAGAAGAAGAGGAGGAGGACGACGACGACGACCGGGCGCCCAGCCUGGCUGGUUGGCGGAGGAGGAGCUGGAGGCGAGGCGAGCUUCAGGUGAGUGAGGCUGAGAGGGCGCGAGAGAGAACCUGUCAAAGCUUACCUGACGGGGGGGGGGCGGAGUGUGGCAGUUGGAACCUGCGGCGGUUGGAACCGGCGGCGGGCAGUUGGGACCUACGUUCCCCUCAGGUGGGACGUUGGCGGAGGGCGCCCCUCACCUUCUCCGUCCACCUCCUGAGGGGCUCGAGGAUUUGGUGGGCUGCUUACUCCAGCUCAGGUGAUAAGUUUAUUUCCUUUCUGUUUCCCCACCCCAUCUUUUCUAAGCUGUUGCUCACUGGAAACUCAGAGGAAACGAGUGCCUCUGGGCAUGUGCUGAGCCACGGGGGCCAACUUGAAUAAAAUACUGGGGUGGGAGGGAGGACAGCUAAGCCCCGCCCGCAUAAUCGAUCACAUGACGUGGUGCACACAUUUGAAUGGGAAUUCCCCUUUUAAAAAUGCCCCCCCCCCCAGUAGCUGUCAACUUUUCCCUUUUCUUGCCAGGAAUCCUAUUCGGAAUAAAGGAAUUUCUCUUAAAAAAAGGAAAACGUUGACAGCUAUGCCCCCCCUCAAAUAUAUAUAUAAAUUUGGGGGGGGGGAGCAAAGGGACCCUUAAGAGUUUGCUCCUACCUGCUGAGCAUCUGUCCUUCACCGCCACAGGGGAGAGGGUGGCUGGGUUAGUCGGUCGCAACCGAGGCCCACCAAGUCUUGUGAUAAAGACUGAAACACUUACUGAAAAGUGAAACUUUAAAAAAAAAAUUGUGUGGGGUAUUGGUUUGUAUUGUUCUUGUUUUAAUAAUGAUAAUGAUAAUAAAUAAUAAUAAUAAUAAUAAUAUUUUAUUAUUUACACCCCGCCCAUCUGGCUAGGUUUCCCCAGCCACUCUGGGCGGCUUCCAACAAAACACUAAAAUACAAUAACCUAUUAAACAUUAAAAGCUUCCCUAAACAGGGCUGCCUUUAGAUGUCUUCUAAAAGUUUGUUAGUUAUUUUUCUCUUCAACAUCUGGUGGGAGAGCGUUCCACAGGGCGGGCACUACUACCGAGAAGGCCCUCUGCCUGGUUCCCUGUAACUUGGCUUCUCGCAGUGAGGGAACCGCCAGAAGGCCCUCGGCGCUGGACCUCAGUGUCCAGGUAGAACGAUGGGGGUGGAGACGCUCCUUCAGAUAUACUGGACCGAGGCCGUUUAGGGCUUUAAAGGUCAGCACCAACACUUUGAAUUGUGCUCGGAAACGUACUGGGAGCCAGUGUAGGUCUUUCAAGACCAGCGUUAUAUGGUCUCAGCGGCCCCUCCCAGUCACCAGUCUAGCUGCCGCAUUCUGGAUUAGUUGUAGUUUCUGGGUCACCUUUAAAGGUAGCCCCACAUAGAGCACAUUACAGUAGUCCAAGCGAGAGAUAACCAGAGCAUGCACCACUCUGGCGAGACAGUCUGUGGGCAGGUAUUUUGUGUGUUUUUAUCCUAUAUUUUUACGCUGUGAACUGUCCUGAGAUCUUCAGAAGAAGGGCGGUAUACAGAUUUAAUAAAUAAAAUAAAUAGCGGUGGGAGGUUGUAUUGGGGCUGCUUUAUAACAGUGCACCUGAGAUUUCAUUUCACAUUAUAUAUAUAGUAUGUGGAAGCUUAGGCGAGUUUGUUAGUGUUUAAGGAGCCACAAACACUUUGUUAUUCCAGCUUCGUUGCUUAAGUGGCCACAAACACUUUCCACUCACUGGAGCCAUAAGGAGGGAUUUCUAGGAGAAAAGGGUUGAUGUGUAUCUGCUAUCUUUAUAGGCAUGAGGCUGGUGGUCUUAGGGUAAAGACAGACAUGUGUGGGAAGUGUGGUUUUCUGUGCCUGAAAACAAAUACCCGUGAACAUAGGAAAAUGUGUGUUGAAACUACUUACAUAACACUUUAGAAUGUCUUCACUUUUACAGAUCAAGCUCUAUUGCUCAUUGUGGCAAACUUCCAUUUUCUUUAAGCACUGUGCACUGGCAUAUUUCAAAUGGGCUUAUAACAAAUAGUAGUUUGUCUGGUGCAUGCAGUGUCUUUUGUUUUGUAUCUGUGAGAUUUGUGCUCGUACUGUAUUGUGAUGGACAUUGGCUAUUAACAAUAAAAUUUAUUGAAUUGAGUUAAAAUAGUAGUUCAUCUUAUACUUUACCAGCUAGUUAACUGUGACCCAGCCAGGACUCUGCAAUCUCCAGUGAAGUUCUUUGCAAGAAAUAUUCUCUGUUGCUCUUAGAACAUUAGGUUUGGUUUCCUGUAUGGGUUGAAGGUCAAAGGCAUCAUUAAGCUGCUUUUCCUCUACAAUCUUUGAACUUGCCUGGAGUUAGUUGGAAAGAGAGUUUACCAUGUGUUCCAUGCUUUUAAAACAUGCCUUUAGGCAGUGUCUGUGACUUGGUGUUGAAUAGCUGCACACGUGUGCCGAUACAUAACCGGCUCUUGAAAUCUUUGGGUUGGAGCAGGCCAACUGGUGGUGUUCUCAGAGACUGCUUCUCAGUGGGCACAGUAUGGGCACUGGCAUGUCCUACACCACACUAUCUGGUUUCAAGGUAUUAAGUAACACUUAUGCUUCCUACUAUGUUGGAAGUGUCAGGAACAGAAAGUACAGACAAGUUAGUUGCUGUCUCUCCAAGUAGAAGGCAUGCCAGCCAGGUUAUUUAAACAUUAUUUUCAAAAGUUGAAAUGUAAUCCCAGAAAGAAACCUUUUUGUAAAUUCUGAAUCAUUUGGGUACAGUUUAGGACUCACAAAAUCAUGAAAUUUCACUUAAGUUAUGUAUUUGUAUCCAAAGACACCAUAAUCUUUGAUUACUUGUUUUUCUGUCAUGAAUCCAGAUUGCAUGUGAAUAAAACUGCUAAAUGAGGCACCCAUGAACUGCAAAGGAAUCUGAAUCCAGGGCCAAAACUAAGUUUGGUGACCGGAUAUUCAAAAUGAACUGACCCUUGAUUUAAUGUGUAGAAUAAAAUGUCUCUUGUUAGCUAAAGAAGCGAGGCUGAUAGAGCUGGGCAGCUAGGGCUUUCUUCCAAAGAAGCAUGUUUAAAAUGUUCUUUAUCCUGCCUUUCCAUAAAAUGUGCUCAAGCAUCUUAAAAUUGAAACAUCUUAACCAAUCACACUAAUGUAUUUCAAAUCAACAAAACAAAAAAGAACCAGUAGCAGUAACAAAACAAUUAUGUUAUUAAGUAACAACAGUUCAAGAAAAUAAAAGUAUUUUACUGAAGAUAAGUAAUGUCUCUCUACUUUCAGAUCACUUAGCUGAUAGUAGAUGAAAGAUUACUUGUGCCCUUGUAUUCCCAGCCCUGGCCCUUAUUAUGAAAUAUCAUAAUAUGCUUCUCAGUUGUAGAAUAAAACAUUAUUGUGUGCUUCUAAUUUUUUUGGUGUGAAAUAGAUCCCAAAUUGUUUCCAAACCAAACAAGCAUAUUUGAGUUGUAAAAUUCACAAGUCAGUUAGCUGCUUGCUUACUAAGAAUGCUGUUUUAAAAGGCUAGCCUGUAACUUGAGAUAAUGUGACAUUAAUUGCUAAUUUGGAAAGAUCUUUUCUCAAAGUGAACAGGGGUUAUUAGAGUGCAAUUGCUAUGCUGUUUCACAAAACCAUGCUAAAAACACUUGUUCCAUCUCAGUGUCUUUCCUAUCUGACACAGUUGCAAGGUAAUGUAUCUGGUUUCCGAAAAGCUGAAUUCUUCUGCAUUUUAUCAUGCUUGAUAUGCAUCUACAAAGCAAAACACAGCUGUUACAACUAAUCAUAGAGCUCACUAGUCAAGUCAAAAGUGUCUAUUUAAAUCUGUCAGAAGGUAAAAAGGAGUAAACUGACCAUCUCAUCCAAUAAUUAAGUAAAAGUCUCUGGGCAUGUUAUAUAAUUUGAGGAUAUGCACAUCAUAUAUGUAUUAAGAAGGAAUUAAUGUAUAUAAAAGCUAAAUUGCUGAGUUGGUUAAGCAUGAAUCCUCCCUUUUUGUUAUCUGUAUCAAAAAACUUCUAAAUGUCUGCCACAGGUAGAGAGUUGCUUCUACUGUGAAGGUUGCAAAUAUAUAACAUAAAAGAAUCACAUCAUCAUCAUCACCAUCAUCUGGCUCUUCUACUAAUCCAGAGCAACAUUCAACACAACCAUAAAUCAUACAGUAUAAAUAUACAAAUACAGCUAACACUAAAAAAUAAUAGUAAGCAUCACUGAACUUAGUAUGACUUAUGAGUAAAUAUGUACAGCAUUGUUCUACACUACGUUUCAGUGACAAAUCUGUUGAUCUUAUUUCCUUCUAACCUAUCAUAGCAAAACAUUAAAAAACCCAGCAUGUUAAUACUCAAGUUUCAAGAGUGACUAUUUUUCUUAUAAGACACUGGGCUACUUAAUUGAAACUGAGCCUCUGGUCAUACUAAAACAUGGUUGUGAUGUAGCAUUUUUAAGACCAUAUUUAUUUUAAUGUUGAUUAGCAUUCUAAAACAUGUAAUGCUUUAAGGGUAGAACAUAGGCCCUCUGAACUGCCUUCUCAGUGUUUUCCUGUUUUCAGUGCUUUAGUUUUGCAAAGCAAGGCUCGUGUGUUGUAUGUUGAUGACAUACCUCCUAUUAUGUCAGUGCAGUAUCUCAAGUCUGCAAAAUACAUUCUUGUGACAUUAUGCCAACCCAAUUAUUGUCAAAGCACUUAUUUUGUUGGUGUAGCAAGUCCUAGAUUUACACUUUCGUCUUGUGUAGACAAAAAUAAAUAAUCUCUAGAAUAUGUAUUUCAUAAUUUAUAUCUGAACUGAAACUUACUAGGGAGGGCUGUGCAAAGUUUAAAUUAAGCUGACAUAUUUGGGGAUCUUUGUCCAGUGGUCAUACUGAUGGAAAAAGUGACAGUUAAGUGGCAGGGAGAAACUGAUCUUCAAGAUGCAGAGUAAACAUUAAACAUCUUGUUUAAAUAUUACUUAGUGUGACCUUAACUCGAGUUGAGCAAAACUCUUAAGAAUGUGCCUGUUCUGUGCCUGCAAGCUCAGAACAAUAACUUUAUUGGGCUGUUAAUGUUAUCUGUCUUAACAAAAGAUAGAAUCUUGCAUGGGGGAAGAGUUAACACUGCAGACUGAUGAAAUAGUAUGGAAUUUUUUCUUUAGCAAUAACUCAUUGUUGCACCAGUCUUAUGUAUAAGCACUUCUGUAAAUUGUUUUAUGGAAGUUUUAAUAUGGGGUAAACUAUAACUUGAAGGAAUACUCAUGAAAAUGUGUACUUGCUCCUUUUAUGCAACUGUCCUUUAAUAAGAUAACAUGUAAAUCAGUGUUCUGCAAAUGUUGGCUUGGCUUACUAGUCAGCCUCUUCGUGUCCUUGCUACCAAUUUAUUCCCUGUCCCAAAGUCCUCUGACAUAUGGAGACGGGGCAGUGAGUGUUUAUACUCAUUUGUGCUGUGGUAUGGAAAUAUUAAUAACUAGCUCAAGAAUGUUUACUUGCUGGGUACAUCUGUGUUAACAAGAUUUCCCCAGGCACGUGCUGAGCUGAAAUUUAUUUUAACUAGCAGCCAAUAAUUAUGAACAAAUUUGGUAACUGUUAAUUUAGAUUAGUCUCACCAUUCAGCGGAAGAUGUGUCAUUAGUAUUUAUGUAGAAGGAAUUUUAGCAAGUGUAUUAAAUAAUUCCCCCUCUAUGUAUUUAUUAAAGGAUGGGAGCUCAAUCAACUAAUGCAUCUGGUUGCCCUUCUUAUAAUAAUGCUAGAGGUUGUAUUUGCACAGUUGUUUCCAGCAGUCCACAGAGUGGGGUUUCAUUACCUUGGAUAGCUCCUUGCCUCUUGUCUUGACUAGCAGAGGUAGAAUAAAUUGUGUGGAAUAAGCAAGCACAUGCAUAUCUGCUUCAUUUGCCCAAUGUAUAAUUUCAUGAUACUAUUAACAUUUUGGCCCAAGUUUUGAUGUUUCAUGGCAUACAAUCCAGAUUUCUAAAAAUAAAAGUUGCAAAGAGUAAACUCACUUCUUUUCUCUCUAAAAAUAUUCAUUGGCUAAAAGUUUGAAGAAGAGGUACAGAGACAGGGCAAGUCCAGCAAGCACAGAAACAAUUUAGAUGUGGACCAAGUUGGAGAGGGUUGGUACAGUAUAUAAGAUUGUUUUCAGAAAACUACUUAGAACAUGAGUUCAGGGUGCUUCAUAAACUCUUAUACCAGUACCGAAAAGACUGAAGAAGGUGUAGAAACAAUAGAAAUUUUGGCUUUAAAGCUGGACUGCCAUUGGUGAGAAAUAGUGUUCAUAGUGUGCAACAGUUCAACAAAAACAUUUAGUUUUCAAAUAUUAUUUAUAAUUAAAAUAAUGUGCAUUUCACUUUCUACUUGAAAAAAAUUCAGGAGUUUUGCAAAAGUAUGCAACAUGCUGAUGUGAAAGCUGUUGAAUAGCUUUCUAACAACUGAGCAUAGACCUUGACUUAUAUUUCAGACUGCUGAAAACUUCUUAACAAAGACCAUACAUUUGUGUGUUUAUAGUUACUGGUUUGAUUUGGGUAGUGGAUGAACUAUGAGAAGACGUGUUAGUACUCUGGCUAAGCACCUGCUCUUUGAAUUUGCCAAAAGAAUUUGAACAAUUGAUCCUGUAUGGAUAAAGGAGAUUAUUCUUACUCAUGGUUAGAACAGUAUGAAAAAAAUCAGAUUAUCGUUGUGUUUUUAAUGGUUCUUGCAAUAAGGAUUAGAAGUGGUGCUGCGUGCUUCUGACACAAUAUGUACGUACAUAUCUGGAACAUGGCUGUGAAUGUAUGUUAAGUAAACAAUUAGGUUUCUGAUUUGUAGCUUGAAUUGCAGUAUAUUCAGUUCAAUAGUAAAGCAUGUGCUUUAUAUGACUGAGGCUUUUCAGUAGAACCCAGGUUUCCAAAACUGAGCGCCACCUGCUCUAAGCUCCACUUUAAAAAUAAGAGUAAGCACUGGUACUAGUUUCAGAAGAAGGUUAAGAGGUUCUGUUCAGCCCUGGAAACCUAGGUUCAAUACUCACCACCAGUUAGUGGCCACUCUGGUUGUUGAUAUUAUUUGAUAGAAAGCUGCUUUCUGCAUUCGUCUCUCUGUGGAGUUGAGCUGUAUGCUGCUUUGGGUAUUUGUAUAGAAAAUCAGUUUGAUGGAAUUCAAACAGGUGAAGGAAAUUACUAGGAUUCUAAGUAACUUGCUUUUCUUCCUGUUAAGAUGGGUAAAGAUUAAUGCCAGUAGAAUGAACAUAUAGAUAACAGUGUAUUUAUAAAAGUGAAGGAAUUCCAGCUUAUUCUCCAUUGCUGAAUACUUGUCCAUAUAACAAUAUAUAUUCUAUAUCUGAAAUAAAUCUUCUACCUACAUCCUAACAAUUUGUAUCCCGAGCACAGGGCCAAUUAAAGGGCUAUUUGGAGUAGUUCAGCUUCAUUGAACCUGUUAAAUUUGUCUUGAAGGGAAAUUGCAGCCUUCAGUAUCAGUUCUGAAUGUAGUAAUUUUAUGUUGGAACAGUAUUUGCUGCACCAUAUUGAAACAGCUUUACUUUGUGAUGUGUAUUAGGGCUAGACUGAACCUUGUUGCAUGGACUACUGUUCUGAUGAAAAUCCCAAUGGACUACUGAUGUGUAUUUAACUGUACAAAACUGAUCAGUUGAUUGGGGCCUUCAACCCCACCCCUUCAGCCCAGCAUUCUCUUUACCUUUACAGCAGGUGUGGGUGGUUUGGCCAAAAUGACCUUGCAGGCCAAAUGGGCACCAGGGGUUCCCCACCACCCCUUUACGGCAUUACUAAUUUAUCUUAAGUACCGUAUUUUUUGCACCAUAACACUUACUUUUUUCCUCCUAGAAAGUAAGGGGAAAUGUCUGUGCAUGUUAUGGAGGGAAUGCCUACGGGUGGCAUGCCUACGGAUUUUCCUCCUCUAAAAACUAUGUGCGUGUUAUAGAACGAAAAAUACGGUAAUUAAUGAGAAAGAAUCCAGUGGUCUGUUGAAAUCUAUUUUUACUUAUAUAUUCAGAUCCAAAUCUUUAUUGAUUGCUAAAUUCUGUUGUUGAAAGGCUCUGUUGUGUCAGGGUUUAUUUUUCUUCUGGUUAUAUCUUGUUGCAACAUUCAGAUUAUUUAUAAGUAUUAUGGACACCGUUGCUCUUGCUUUUCUUGUUCUGUUUGUAGAAUACAAAUUUCAGGUAGGAGAAAAAAUGUUCUUAGGUGAGCAGUUUGUUUUAUCCAUUAAGCCGAUUCUGGAAGAUGCAUUUUCUUCAUAAAGAUUCAUUUCUAAUACGGUGGAUAAGCAGCUCCUAGAAUAAGUAUCUUUACAAUAUAGGAGAUGUAGAAGGUAUCUAAUUUUAAUUAAGUUAGUCAUUCCCACCAAAACUCUUCCACAAUGUUUGCCUCAAAGUUGGAAAAGCCAAUCAAAUACAAAUGCCUUCAGUAACAUACUAAAAACAAUGUGCUUCUAAUAAUGGAGGUGUUCUUAUGUUGGUACAGGAAUUGGGCAGUAUAAGUCCUAGCACACAUUCAGAUUCCAGGACUGACUGUUUGUUGUUGUAAUCUGAUGCUAUAAAAUCCAGGUGUCAUCAAGUUCUUACCUUUUGUAACUGACCUGGUAUUUCAAGUUUCAUACUGGAUCAGUUAAUUCAGCUUGAAAUGAGGUCCAAGUGAAAUGUUUUUAGUAUUUGUCACAACUGAUCACCAAUUUUUAUCUAAUGGGUAUAGUAAGCAAAGCUCUAUUGUACAUGGAAUUUGCUAUGUCAGGCACUUUCCAAUUAUUAUUCCUUAUCCUCCUAAUACCACUACUACAAUUUUUCUGUGGUGAGAUAACAAAGAGUGUGAAAGAUGGGCUGUCUGAAGGGAAUGUAAAACUGUGAUCUUAAGUUUAUUUGUGUGUGAGUAUGCUGGUUAAACAAUGAAGCUUCUGCAUACAGAAGCCUUGGGGCUCUUACAGCAUUGGUAGAUUAUAGCCUUUGGAUAGAUGUGCAUGACUUGUCUAGCACCUGUAAUGAUUUAGGGAGGCAGACAACUGUAAUCUCCAACCAUGUUAAAAUUUUGCAUUGGUGUUCCUGUGCAGUCACCUAGAAAUUUAGAAAAUCAAAAGUCUAGGAAAGCUUGUUCAAUCAUAGAAUUAUGACCACUGCACAAUAAUCUCAGCUGAGAGCAGAAAGUAGAUUAGAGUCACUGAUAGAUGUCUAAGUCACUCACUAUUUUGUUUUAUAUGCCUGCUGAACACUUUUUUUAUUUCAGCAAGCCUACUAAGACCUAUAUUUUAGUUAUCUAUAUUUGUUUUAAAGUGUUUUACUGUCUUUUUCUGCUUUUUGAUAAGUAAUUUUUAUAUAGCCUUUAACAGUUUUGCUGAUUUUACCCAUGUUUUAUGGAUAAUUUUAUUAGGUACACUACUUAGACAACCAUCUGUUGAAUCAGUCUAUACAUUUUUCUAAAUAAAAAUAAAAUACAUAAGCUAGUGUAAAGAUAUUUAAAAUGGCAAAUGUAAAAAUAUUGUUUUGUGGCCAUCCUCAUCUCUGAACCUUCAUGCUAAUUGAUGGUUAAACAUUUGUGUAUAUAUUGGUUGUCUUUGGUCAGAUCCUUGUGUGGAUCAUUAGGCAAGUUUUGUGUUGGAAUCUCUGAUUUGUGACAACACAGAUAUAUAUAUCUGUACUUAUAUAAGUUAGUUAUCUUGGUGUUUAGUUUAUGGAGUUCAAUAAAUAAUUGGCUGUACCCUCUAACUCACCACAUGACAUCUGGCCUCCUUGGGCCACUACUUUGCACCUAAAUUUAGUGAACCUGAGUUUAGUGAACCCUCAGGGUUCAAAUGAAUGUCAACACUCAAAUGAAAAGAAAGGAAGUAGAUUCUGCAAGUCUUAAAUUUUCCCGGCCCUAGUCUGUCUGAAUCCAUCCAUAGUGAUAGCAAUUUCAUCUUAGAGUAUUAUUUCUCAUAGAAUAUCUGCUAAUAGCAAGAGGCUUAACAUUCUUCCAGUUCCCAUAUUCAUUCUGGUGUCACUUUCCCCCUUUUUAGUCACUACACUGUGUGUUUUGUAACUCUGUUGCGUAGCCAUUAUCUUAGAGCUUGAGGAAGACCUCAACAAAUAUCUAAUCCAACCCCUGCAGUGUACUGAUGUUUUCGGAUGGGCCAAGAUUUGUCCAGAAAGUCACCAUGAACUUAUUUCUGUACAUAGUGAUUUACCUAUAUCUUGGAUACAGGGUUGUUGUAUUUUGUUAAGUAUAGAUAUGAAACAAAUGUAUAUGGUUUUUAGAUGUACAGUAUCAUGAAAUCUCACCAAUAGAAAACAACCCUCUAUAUUUCCAGUAUUUACAAGGUUAACUUUAUUAGAAUUACAUUAGGUUUGAGUAAAAAAAAACUACUUGCUAGUGUUUUGUGCCUUAUUCUGAAGCAGGACAAUUUCUUCACUCCAGAAAUGUAUAAAUGUUAUACAUAAAGGAUGCCACUAGGCGGUGCCUUAGGUUUAAUUAUUUUUCAGCAAAUGUAGGAACUGACACUUUAGAUAUAUUAUAAUUAGGAGAUUUGGGGUUAUGUGCCUACUAUUAGAAUAUGUUCUGUGACUCUAUUGUAAAUUUGCAGUAGCUAAUUCAGCAAUGUCUCUGCAGGAACUGUCAAGUUCUAGAAGAGAUUACGACUGACUGGCCUUUAAAAGGUAAGAAUAUCCUUGCUUUUAAAACUUCUGUUGUCUUAGCACAGUGGUUCUCAAAGGGUGUGACAGGCCACAUUGGUGUGGCAGGAGAGGAUGGCAACUGUGAAUUGUGGCAGGAAGAUUCAAGGACAAUCAAUUAUUUCAGUAUGGUAGCAUCAAAAUAAUUAUUUUUAUUUGCAGAAUAUGGAUAGAUGUCUUUUCAAAAUGAGAGCAAGAACACCACAGGAUACUGCAGACAAUCCUAGUUGUGAUCCAGAAUUGUGUUUAGAACAGAGUGCUGGAGAAAACUUGUUUAUUAUUAUAUUUUGGGAAUGAUUCAUGUUCUUAUAUAGCUGCAUUGUUUUACACUUUCUGGAUGUCCCAUGAUCAUAUUAUAAAGUAGUUGUGUUCUGUGUUAUAAAUCAAGCACUGCCAGGAGUUGUUUAGUUUUGUUUUCCAAUGUAUUUCUUAUCAGUAAAAAAAUUGAUGUGGUGCAAACAAAUUUGUAUUUUGAAAGUGUGGCCCAGAGAAAAAACUUGAGAACCACUGCUUUAGCAAAAUCUAAAGCUUAUUUCUCUCUGCUGGUUUUUUAAACGGGACUGGAAUAUAUAUUCAGAAAUAAAACUAACAGUUCUAGCAUUAGGAUGAAAACUAAAAUCAUUAUACAAUGAAUGAAGAUUCUCUAAUAUGGCAAAUGGUAAAUAUUACUCUGAUUAACUGGUUGUCUAAUUGAAAAAUGCAAAUUAGGGAUCAGAAUUAAUAUGUAAAUAAUGAAGAUAAUAAACCCUUUAAAACACAAUUUGUUAUAAAGUUUGCUGCAAGCAACCUUAUGGCAAAUUUCCUAAAGAUGGUAAGCAAACUGUUAGACUGAAAAUUCUGUACUGUGUGGCAGAAACAAUUAUCCAUGUUAUUUUUGAUUUGAUCUUCCUAGAACAGAAAGCCACAUGUCAGUAUCUGUUCACUGUAUUCAUGCUAUCAAAACCAGAUGUACUUGCGCAACACUACUGAUUUCUGUAAUGGGUAUAAAAAUAUGGCCAAGAUGUUCUGGCCUUGUGAAAUGUGUUAUUGAUGGAGAUCCAGCCGUAGAUCAGCUAAUGGUUGGCAAAGCAUUUUAAAUAAGGCUGGGUGAGAUGUUGGCUGCUUUCUAAAAAAAAGUGAAGCUGUUGAAUUCUCAAGAGAAUGAGCAUCAUAUCUCAGCUGCAGAGUUGCAAAAUUAGAGAGCUUAGAAAGUAAGAUCUUAAUUACACUAUUUAGGAAAACAAAUAUUCCCAGAAGUAUUAAUUGCUCCUUUUAGUUGCCUUAAGGAUUUCAAGAGAUUGAAAUAUAUAAUUGCACCUUUUAUGGUUAUUUCAUUAACAGAAUGUAGUUUCAUGCUCUGAUGCCCUCAAGCCAGGGCUUAAGGAAGGAUGAAUAGGAAGGUGCGUCCUUACUUUACACUGUCAGGAAAUGGUUUGAUGGUAAGAACCAUGGUUGUAAAGCUUCUGAUGUAAAUAGACUAGAGAAAAUGUUUGAAGAGAAUUCUAAUCAGGGGUUGGCAACCUAAGGCCCAUGGGCCACAAGCUGCCCACAGGGGUUGUUUAACUGGCCCACGAGCCGCCCCCGAACUUAGCCACCCGCUCGGCGAGUCCCCAUGUGCUGCACUAAACUGGCUCUGGAAAUUGCGUCUGCGCAGAUGCCGACACUGAAAAUCACAGGCGUGGGCGCAAUCCAGCCCACGGAGGGAUCUCCACUGGAGUGAACCGGCCCAGGCGAGGUAAACCUUGCCGACCUCUGGUCUAAUUUUGUAUUAAUUGGAAGCAAUUCUAAGCACAAUGAGGGUCCCCAAAACACAAUUCAACCACUAACAAAUCCCAGUUCCAUAUAAAAGUGAAUAUAAAUUCUCAUUUAAACAAAGUACCCUUACAUGUGUAAGUUAUGGUUACCCUAUUGUAUGUAUCAACACCCUGAUAAUGGAGCACUGGUUAAAAUCCAUUUAAACAGAUUGCAAGCGUGAGCCAGAGGAACAGUUGAGCUGAAAGGUGACUCCCCAUUUACAAGGGGGUUUCAUUCCGAAUCCCCACGUGAGUUGGUGAAAUCACAUAAAAUGGGUAGUUGCCUUUCAGCUGUAUAUUGUAAUUUGAACUUUCUUUGGGCAUGCUUGUACAGUGGUGCCCCGCAAGACGAAUGCCUCGCAAGACGAAAAACCUGCUAGACGAAAGGGUUUUCCGUUUUUCGAUGCGCUUCGCAAGACGAAUUUCCCUAUGGGCUUGCUUCGCAAGACGAAAACGUCUUGCGAGUCUUGCGAUUUUUUUCGCUUCCCCCGCCUUUUUCUAAGCCGCUAAUAGCCUUUUAGCCGCUAAGCCGCUAAGCCUUUAAUAGCCGCUAAACCGCUAAUAGCGCUAAGCCGCUAAUAGGGUUGCUUCGCAAGACGAAAAAACCGCUAGACGAAGAGACUCGCGGAACGGAUUAUUUUCGUCUUGCGAGGCACCACUGUAAUGUAUUUGCAAACACCACUGUCUAUGGUGCUUCUGGAAAUUUGGACUUGCAGCAUAACCUUAUUUUGGAUGUGAUUGAACUGUGGUCACUGAUUAUCUAUUCAGCUCUGUUUUUUGUCGUCAUCCAGUCAUGUUGCUUAGCACCUCUCCCUCUCACAAAACAAUAGGCUAAUGAUAAUCCAAGGCUUCUGGUCACAAAAUGCAUAUGUCUCUUUCGAGAGACAGGAUGAGGCAGCUGAGAGAUUAAGAAGUUUCUGCUUUAUUUAACUGCCUAGGAGCUAUUCAAAGUGGCGGGGGGGGGGGAGAUACCUACCUUGAACAGAAGUUUAUACAGAAAGCUCAAUUUACUUGAAUUCCAAGUGUUCAUAGAAGAAAAAAAUAUAAGCUUGAACUUAAGUAGAUUCUUAUUGAUGUUUCCAAGAAUCCAAUUACAUUUACUUAUGAAAUUUCUAUGCUGCAUUUCCUUGUUAGCAUCCAACGUGGCUUACAGCAAUAUAAAAUGCACAAUGCAGUAAGAAUAGUAAAAUAAAAAUAACAAAAGAGCACAUUUUAUUCACUUGCUUAAAAAGCAUUUAUACCCUGCUCUUCAGCUGAAAAAGGUGCCAGAGCUAAUUGCAAUGACCAGAAAUGCUGCAGUCCUUGCCUCAGGCUAACAAUAUAUGAGACGGAGCACAAAAGGAAAAGGGAUUGGUAGGCACUAGUUCUUAAUUAAUAACUUCAGUGGGUAGUAAUUCAGUGGUCUUAGAGGCUAACAGUACAAUCCUAUACAUGUCUCUACUCAGAAGUUUGUUCCGUUGAGUUCAGCGGAGCAUACUACUAGACAAGGGGGUGUAGAUUUGAAGCCUAAGGAUUCCAUAAAAAAAUCUCAGUAUAACUAAGCUGGGAUCAUCUUGGUUACUGUAAAGCCUAAUUUUAGCACAUGUUGAAAAUUGAGUUAGACUACUUUGAAAAGCUUUUAUGGCUUUCAUGAACUAAAACCUAUUUGGAGGAUCUGAGCAACGUAAUACAUUAAAUUUGAUUAUUCAGUGUGUUAAGACAAAACUCUGGAGCUGAACAAAACCAGAAGGUUGACAUUUUUGGAUCAAAAUCUUCAAGAGGACAUUAUUUUAUAAGCUAAGUUUGAUCUUGAAGCAAAGAUAUUUCUCUAGGAAAAGUAAAGGUACAUGGAGACUGACUGGAGAUGUAGGCUUUUUGCCAACAAUAGCUCCAUGACUGUUUUUGGGCUAUAAUACAACAGUAUGGAUGUUGUUUAAUAAUACUAAUUUCUCUCCAGCUUCUCCCUUGAUUCAUUCCAGCACAUGGGUAGGACUUACAGCCUCAGGAAACAUUCAGGAAACUAGCAGUAGUAUGGAAAAGUGAGACUACUAGUAAUCCUAAGAAUAAAUACAUUUUGAUCCACGGCCUCCUAACUAAAAUCUGUCAGAAUUUAUGUAUGUUUUAGAAUAUCUUUCUUUAUUUGAAGACAAGGGGGAGGGAGUCCCAGCCGCCCCACAAGUCAAAAUUUAUUUUUUUGUUUGCAACGGAGACUGGCGUCUAAGCAAGGAGUAAACAAGAAAUUGUGGUAUUUUAAAGUCAUUUAAUAUAGCACAAUUGACAAUACAGAUCAGUUUGGAAACCUGGAAGAUGAGCAUGAUUGUUAAACUAAUACUAUGCUUCCUAAGGAUAGUUGCUUGUAACUGCCCAAUUUGAAUGGUACUGCUUUUAUUCAUUGUGCUACUAAAGAAUUUCAUGAAAACAUGCAUUUUUAUAAAUGGAUGGCUUACUAAGAAACUCUUUUCCCCACAUUAUUGAAAUUCUAAUAGAUGAUAUUACUUAGCCACUUUGUGUAAUAUAUGCAGCCUCAAUUUGAAUCUUUGUUUUUGUCCUAGGAUGA